UUUCCCUCCUCCUUUCUUCUUUUCUUUCUUCUCUUGACUUCCUCUUUUUUUGUUUUGUUCUAGUGGGCAUUUCAAAUAGAUUUGCUCACUGGUGGUGGGGGGCUGGGGGGGUGCGAGAAGAAUCAAAGACAACAACAACAAAAAAGCCAAAAUAAAUCCUCCCCCAAAAACUCGCAAGUAGCUUUUGCAAUGGGUGCUGUAAUGGGUACGUUCUCUUCUCUACAAACGAAACAAAGACGACCAUCAAAAGACAGGACUAACAGACAUCCAGACUUUCCAGGACGUGUUCCCUUCCUUUACCUGGACACUUAUAAAAUUGAAGAUGAAUUAGAAAUGACUACAGUGUGCCAUAGACCUGAAGGACUGGAACAGCUUGAAGCACAGACAAAUUUUACUAAAAGAGAACUCCAAGUGCUUUACAGAGGAUUUAAAAAUGAAUGUCCUAGUGGGGUUGUUAAUGAAGAGACGUUCAAACAGAUCUAUGCACAGUUUUUUCCACAUGGAGAUGCUAGCAUGUAUGCACAUUAUCUCUUUAAUGCAUUUGACACUGCACAGAAUGGCUCAGUGAAGUUUGAGGAUUUUGUGAUGGCAUUGUCAAUUCUGUUGCGAGGAACAGUCCAUGAAAAGCUAAGAUGGACGUUUAACCUGUACGACAUAAAUAAGGAUGGCUAUAUAAACAAGGAGGAAAUGAUGGAUAUAGUAAAGGCAAUUUAUGAUAUGAUGGGAAAGUACACAUAUCCAGUGCUCAAGGAAGAUGCUCCGAGGCAGCACGUAGAAGUAUUCUUCCAGAAAAUGGAUAAAAACAAGGAUGGUGUUGUAACCUUAGAUGAGUUUAUUGAAUCAUGUCAGGAGGAUGACAAUAUCAUGCGAUCCUUACAGCUCUUUGAGAACGUCAUGUAGCCACCUCAGGAGAGCACUGUAGGAGUCAGAGACUUUGUGUGUAACGAAGACCUCCUUUCUGGGUGAAAGCUUUUUACAAUUCGGCCAUGUCCAGGGUGUGAGGAUUUUGUAUGACAUCUCCAACCAAAUGGUAACCGAACGCGACCAAUCUCAUCUCUCCUUCUCAAGAGACACUGGUGGAACUUUAUUUCUUUUUGGAAGCAUGCGAAUAUGUUAAUGAAACCUGACGAGAG